GUUAUUUUCUCAUACUGUGUCUAUAAGUAGAAUCAAGUAGCUUAAACCUUUUUGUUUUGUUUUUAUCUUUAGGUACAGGGAAGCGGAGGAAGUCAUUGAGUGCAUCUUAUGUAAUUGGUGCAAUAGCAAUAUGCUCUGCGAUUGGAGUAAUACUACUUCUAUCCGCUACACGGUUUUGGUUAUACAGGAGAAAGUCAAUCAAAAUGAGAUCGGAGGUAAUACUCAGAAAUUCAUCAGCUCAUGAAUCAUCUCAAGGUAAGUUUGUAAUAGAAAUUUUCACACCCUAAUACCAAUCUAUUCUAUCCACAUCAUUAUUUUAUAUUAUUAUAGGCUCCCUGACCAAAUUCAUAUUGUAAUAGAUGAUAUGGAGGACAUCAAGAAUAAUGUGGAAUCAUUGCAAUUCGACUUCAACACAAUUAAGGCCGCAACAGACAACUUCUCUGAAGAUAACAAACUUGGAAGGGGUGGAUUUGGUGAGGUCUAUAAGGGAACACUCGAAAACGGGCAAGCAAUAGCAGUAAAGAGGCUCUCAGAAUACUCUGAACAGGGAACCUUAGAAUUCAAGAAUGAAGUUCUUUUAGUUGCAAAGCUUCAACAUCGAAACUUAGUUAAAUUACUGGGGUUCUGCAUCUCAGAAAAGGAAAAAAUACUUGUCUGCGAGUUCCUGCGUAAUUCAAGUCUUGAUCGCUUCUUAACAGACCCAUUGAAGUGUGCGUCAUUGGACUGGGAAACAAGGUUUAAAAUCAUCACCGGAAUAGCAAGGGGACUUUUAUAUCUUCAUGAAGACUCGCGAUUGAAGAUAAUACACCGAGAUCUAAAAUCCAGCAAUGUACUACUUGAUGAGGCAAUGAAUGCAAAAAUUGCUGACUUUGGCCUUGCUAAGCUUUUCAGAGUGGAUCAAACUCAAGGGGACACCAAGAGAAUUGUAGGAACAUAUGGAUAUAUGGCUCCAGAAUAUGCAUUAGCAGGUCAAUUUUCUGUAAAAUCUGAUGUUUAUAGUUUCGGGGUCAUAAUCUUGGAGGUGGUCACUGGCCAGAGGAACAAUUUCUUCCAUCGGUCACAACAUGAAGAAGGACUACUACACCGAGCUUGGAGACUUUGGAACGAGAAGGCUGCACUAGAGCUGGUAGACUCUUCAUUCAUUAACAAUUUUUCCAUUGAAGAAGUGAAAAUAUGCAUCCACAUAGGUCUACUCUGCAUCCAAGAAGAUGCAACUAAAAGGCCUCGAAUGACCUCAGUUGUUGCUGCAUUGAACGGGCAGUCUGUUACUCUACCUUUGCCUAGCACUCCCACUUCCUCACCGCUAAUAUUGACACUGAUGAAGACCAGCAAAUCCUUCAUGAUCGUAUCGUUGAUGUGUAUACAGGAUCUGAGAAUAUCACAGAACUCUGUCCUAGAUAAUGCCGCAAAUUGCAGUAUUUAUCAAUAG